AUGGAGCUUUCGGAUAAAGGAGAGAUAUUGCAACUUGAGGUGAACGAUGUUGACGACGAAGAGGAGGUGGAUAUAUUCUUAGUCAAUUCAGCAGCUUCAGUGAGUAUCUCCUCGCCUUCUAGCGAUCGGUCGUCGCCGGCUCCGCGUCGCUGCGUAUCGAAAGAGAUGCUCGAGCAGAUGCCGACACUUAAUAUUAGCACCCACUAUCAUGAAGUGAUUGUUGGCAAACCUUUCGGGUGUUUUCACUUGAUGCAACUUAUCGAGAAAUCUAUCCAGGUUGGAGCUCUCUUUUCGCCCAAAUUGUUUGUACCCAAAGAAAUAUGGCAGCAAGACAAAGUGAAGCUAGCAGGUGUUCCCCUAAAGUUAGAGGUGUUUCACCAGCUUAAGCAAGGGCUUGAAAAGACCAGUCAUGCACUACCGCUAUCAUCUGAUGCAGCAAAAGCUGCGUUUGUCAAAGAACUAGAUAUACUCUUGGAGUUUGCAAGACAGGAGAGGGUCCACUUGAUCCGUUCAUUCCCGUAUUUGCCACAGAAUAAGAACUCUCCGAUUUCUCAAUCAACGCGUGGAGCAAGUAGCAACGGAGUGGAAGAAGAAUUAGUAGAGGCUCAAUCCUCUGGUCUCAACAUCGGCAAGUUGACAAAUUUAGCUUUUGGAUUCGGCCGUAUGGUAAAGAAGCAGGCAAUUGCUGCUGUGGAACGAGUUGGUGCCGCUCCAACUCUCAUGCUAUCCAUUGAUGAGCUGGACGAAUAUGCGGCUGUGCUCUGUAUGUUCUUUAACUCUACGCGUAACAUUGAGAAUUUGUUGGGACUACGUGCAGAUGCUGACGGUGCUCAAAAACAAGUUAACGACCCAAAGUCUGACACGAAGCGUGCUCAACUGGAUUCUGCUACUUUAAGAAAACUGGAAGAACUGGCAAUUUUUCUGAAUGAGGUUGUGAUCGAGCUUGUCAUGCGUGAUCUUCACAGUCUAUUGGACUUGUACAUGCGACGACUAACGCAUCAAUUUGGUGAGUUUACAGUUGAUCAGGCGGUACUUAAACGCCGUCCAUCUGUGUCAGUGACGCAUGGAUAG